ACGACCUUUUGAGAGGUGGGCAGGGUAGUGUAGGGGAACGGGGUAGAUGUUGUCGUCAGGAGUGCGGGCUGUGGUCGCUCAUUGUACUGUUGAACGCUGUUGGCAUAACAUAUUUAGUAUUUGUUAUCGUACGAACGUUGGGAAGAUGUGUCCGUCAGCGACCCUGACUAUGCUUCUCGUGGCGCUCUCAUCCUUGCAGCUUGGAACUGUUCAGGGUUACAUCAUAGGAACGUCUAACGCCACACAAACCAGCACUUUACCUCCUACUGCCACUCUUGCUACAAUCUUGGGUGUGGCCAGAACGAUCCCUAUAAAGACCAAAGGGCCCGAAGGUAACUUGCUUGAUCUUGGCUCCCUCCUUAAGGGUGCUAAUACUCCUAGAGUUGCAGUUCUCGGCGAUAGCUCGUUCCCAGCUUCGUCUACCACCAGUGCACCCGAGCAGAGUGUCGGUUCUGGGCCGGCUCCUCAGAGCGGACCACAGGUCACGGUUGGCGACACAGCUGGGUCUCCUCCUUACGCUGGUGGAAGGUACAGCAGCCCUCGUGUCGUCAGAGUAGACAGUCCCUACGUCCCCACUGUCACUCAGUUUGUCACCAUCGACCGCUGCAUCACUGUCACCGACCAGGCCUUCAACAGCGUGCCCGUGACGCUAACUUCACUUAACGUGCACACGGUCACGGCCGGAACACGCGCGAUCCUACAGACUCCCGUGGACGACCGCGUGGCUCUACAAACUGUAUUAGUUUACAAACCGACAUCUUUAACGGUAACGUCUGUGAAAUCUGACUUCAGAAUCGUUACUGAAGUGUCUUUGGACCGUGUAACGCUUGCCCAUACCUCGUAUGUCAUCGUGCAGUCCACCUUUACAACCACUGCCACCCAGGUUGUGACGCUCUCGACAACUUUGGUGCGGACGAACAUAAGUACCCAAAGAACUACUUUGACGGACUAUCGCACGCUGACCGACACUGUCUACGUCAAUAGUGGGUAUGGUUAUCGAACGCAGUAGCCUUCCAGCGGUAUUACAUUCCUCGACUCUCCCUUGGGCUAUAGCUAAUCGUAGCCUGCAGUUUGUAGAAACAUAAUCUUCAUUGCCCAGGAACGACCUGCAUCUAACGAUAAAAGUAGCUUCAUGAUCUUAAACGUUCAAAGUUUUGUUGCAUAUUAUGUACACUACUUAAAAAAAAUGCCUUCACCUGGUGAAAGCGUUGUUACUUUGGGUAUGAAGUUUUGUCAAAAUUAAAAUGCCAACUAUU